AAAAGAUUGGUAAAAAAUAAAUAAAUAAAUAAAUACUUUCAGUCAAAAUGAGAGCGUUUCAGAAGUAUGUGGUAUUAAGUCAAAAUUAAGAGGUAUUGUUACAUCAAAAGCUUGAUUUACUAUGUUAAAAUUCAGAUUUGCCAAUUGUAUAAUAUAUACAAUUAUAUACUAAAUCAAAAUUAUGAGACUAAGUAUGUUGUCAUAAUUUUAUAAUUUUCACAGUAAGUGUAAAUGUUGCUUAUGUAUCUCACACUUUUGACAAAAGGCCCGUGACUGUCAAGUUGGCAAACGACAGGUACAACACCGGAUGCCGUCAGUUUAGUUUCAAAAUAAAAGUGGACACUGUUGCUUGAUUUUGACUAAAUAAAUAAAUAAAAAUUAAAAAAACUGUCAGAAUACAGUAAAUCAUUUCCUUAAGUCUAAUGCUGUUUACUUUGAGCAUAAUACAGUGGGGAGGAGGGGAAUAAAUUAACGACUCAGCUAAUUUGUUAUCACAAAAUAAAUCACGAAAUCUGUUGUAUUGUUGCAUGUUAUAUCGCUUUUAACCGUUUUAUUUUUUACUGAAGUGUUAAUCCAUUUUCAGUAAAAAAUAAAAUAAAAUAAAAUAAACAACUUCCACAAACAAAACAAUGUGUUUUGAGCCAACGGACCUUAAAAGAAAAAUGUGUCGGAACCGUUUUUUAACGGUCGGUGUAAGUGGCUCGUGCACCACGCGGAGGUGAAAAUGAAGCAGAUAUCAGCAUUUCAGCAUGGAGCUGGUGGAUCGAAAUAGUAAAGUGGUGUCUUUUGUAACAAAAUGUGCUCCGAUACACCCACCAGCAGCACUGUCUCACAUCAGCUGUUGGAGGAUGUUGCCUCGGAGGCAGAUAUGAUGUAAUCAAACGCUUCAGCCCCGUCCAGAGAGCGGCAGAAAGAGAGCCGGAGCUGGAUAACAAGCUCGCCAUACGGACGGACCGUGGCUGCCUCGCUACUUUGUGAAAUACGUUUGAAAAUCAGCAUCGAGCGGUUUGGGUGAACGGUUCGGUGUUUUGUUGGAGGAGUCAUGUCGCGGAGGUUUGUGCCGACCAGCUUCCCUUCCCGACUUCGAAGAGGAUGCUGGAUGCGGGUAAGCAGUAGCAGCGGCACCGGCCGGGGAUGCUGCUGCUGGUGAACCGGACUCCCCCUAUCAGCUUCAAUUAACCGCCAUGGCUCAGGAGUCCUCUCCCACAGCUGCUCCAACAUCUUCCGCGUAAAAAAAUGGCCUCGACAUCGGUCCGCCCUUGCUGUCCCCCGGCGCCUGCUUCAGAUUUCAACAUUUGUAGGCCCUUUUUGUCCGUUAUGGACCACAUUAUCAACUCUGAUCUGAUAUUGUGAGCCGCUGUGGUUGCUUUUAUUUCGCAAAUACACCUCCUGCCUGCAUCGGUUUCCCUUGCAACAGAUAUUACUGGAGCCGGGACAUGGGCCGCGUCCACCGCUGCACCCUGCGUUGCCCUGCAGGGAUCUGAGCUUCAUGCUUUCCUGACCUUACUUGCGAUAAUGGCUCUGUGACAUCUCGCUAAGCUUCAGUUGCCCGGUUGCUUUUGGACAUUUUCCCCUGGCUGGCUUUACGCGCAGAGCGGUGUCCCAUGCAGUAGUUGUUGCCCUGCGGGGGGAAUGAGCAGCCUCCAUCCGUCCAGCAGAAGCCUGCCGGCCGCCGCUGCUGCUGCUGUCCGCCGUGUGGCCCUGUGACUUCAGCGGGGUGUGGAGGUGUGCUGACGACCUUAAAACGUGGAGGGUGGGGACGUUCGCCUUUCCAGCUCAGGUUUAAACCAUGGCCAAUGAACCUGUUAUCCUUAACGUGUAUGAUAUGUACUGGAUAAACGAAUACACUUCCAAUCUGGGCAUUGGAGUCUUCCACUCAGGCAUUGAGAUUUAUGGCAGAGAAUUUGCGUACGGGGGUCAUCCGUACCCUUUCAGUGGCAUCUUUGAAAUCAACCCAGGCAAUGCUGCUGAACUGGGAGAGACAUUCAAAUUCAAGGAGGCCAUUGUUUUGGGCACCACAGACUUCACAGAGGAGGACAUAGAUAAAAUCAUGGAGGAGCUCGGUAAAGAGUUCAAAGGGAACGCCUACCAUCUAAUGCACAAAAACUGCAACCACUUCUCCUCCUCACUGUCUGAGCUGCUGUGCGGACGGGAAAUCCCUCGCUGGGUGAACAGACUGGCGUAUUUCAGCUCCUGCAUCCCCUUCCUGCAGAGCUGCCUACCCAAGGAGUGGUUGACCCCGGCCGCCCUGCAGAGCCACAUCAGCCUCGGCCUCCACAAAGAGGAGCGCAACGAGUCCAGCGAUGACGACCCUUCGUCCCCGUCCGGUGCUGCCGCCGCCGGCUCGGGCUCUUCCCACAGCUGUCGCCACACGAGGGUGUGAACUGCCCCACACACACACACACACACACACACACACACACACACACACACACACACACACACACACACACACACACACACACACACACACACACACACACACACACACUGACCUCUGGACCUUCCUGCCACCACUGCAAGUGGCUCAAGUGGCAUUAGUAGGCUUGAACAACCACCUGACCUCAUACUGUUUGUCCUCUGAGUAAAGAGGCAGGGAAAGAAGACUCUCCUCCUGAUGAGGAGAGCUGCAGCCAGAGACUUCAGACCUACAGCACAGAGACCCUUCCUGUCCUCUCUCCAGAUGACGGGACGACAGAGGCAAACAUUGACCUGAGCACUGAAGUGUGGCUCAGGCUUCGUCAACAACCACUUCUAGAUCUGAAGUUUGUAGUACGUUAUUAUUAGUCUUUUCCAUGAACUUUUAAACCUUUGUCAGCCUUGUUCCCUGCCCUGCCUUCUGAGCUGCUUUUGUAGAAUAACUAGAUAGACACCUGAGACUACUGAUAGUGACGUUACCAGGAAACCGCUAAUCUGCUCAACUUCAACAAGUUCUCGUUCAAUAACCUCUAUGUGGCCUUCAGUUAAUAUUGUUGACUCUGCUUUCUUUGUGUGGAGCUGUAGUAGUUUACUUUGGCCAUUUUAGAAGGUUAGCGGGUUAAAGAGGAUUGGACCGUUCCCUGAGUUCAAAUGUUGCAUGUUGAAAGAAUUUGAUAAAACUAAACUGAGAUGCCACAUUUCUGAUCAUAUCAUCAAGUAUUUCUUUUCAUUUUCCUUUUUUUUUUUUUUUUAAAGAAACGAUCUAAACUGGGACUUGUUUUAAACCGUAAACUGGCCGUUAGCUGCCAGUGUAACCAGUUCACCAACGGUUAUAAACAAUCAAGGGCAAAUACUGUUCGUUUUAAAUAGUCGCUGUUCACACAGCGUCGGGCAGCCCAGUCACUUUCUGUGAACAUCUCAGAGACACAAACACAAAGAAAGUCAAGCUGCUACACUGACUAUUAUUGACUUUGUGACCCAGUACAAUUUUUGUCUACGCUUUUAUAUCCAAAUAGUAUUUAUAUUAUAACGGUGCGAUAUCUUCCAGGCUAGGAAAUGUACAUUUACACCCAGAGGUUGCUCCUCUCUGGUCUAAUCAUUUUUUUCACCAUUAAACUGGUAAAGACUGAGCUGCAAUGAGAAAGAAAAGCAGAAAAAUUCAGUAUUCCCCUUUAAGUUGCAGUAAUCCUUAAAGGAAUAGUUCAACAUUUUUGGGAAGUAGGUUUGUUUGCGUUCUUGCAGAGUGUUAGAUCAGAAGAUGAAUAGCACUCUCGUGUCUGUGCAGUAAAUAUUAUGCAACAGCCAGCAGCCGGUUAGCUUAGCUUAGCAUAAAGACUGGAAACAAGGGGGAAACAGCUAGCCUAGCUCUUUCCAAAGCUAACAAGAUCUGCCUACCAGCACCUAUAAAGAUCACUUAUUAUAACUUAUUGGCAUGUUCCCAGGUCCCAAAUCAAUCUUCUCCUCUAACCAACAAGAAUGAGAAUAACAGUAUUUCCCAAAAUGCCAAACUAUUUCUUUAAGACCAUAUUUUUAUGUUUUGAUUUAUUUUAACUGUGAACUGAACUGUGACAUGUUUACAGAUACAGAGCCUUUUAAGGAAAGGGAACCAAUCUUUUUGUGAAAUUACUCAUCAUGUAAGAGGUUGUGUUUGUUGCAGUGAGAAGAUCAGAGGGAGGGAAAAAUAUGAUGUCAUAAAACUAUUUGUAAACAUUGUGGAUUUAGCAGAUAUGCAUAACGAUUAUUUCUGCCUCUGCUAUUGAUGAUGAUGGUGGUGAUUAUAAUGACAGUGAUGACAAACAUUGGCUCCUUGUAGUUUUACUCAUGUCACCUGCUUUUCUCAAUGUAAAAGUUCAGUAAACAAGGCCACAUGCGAUUUGAAUCUUUUCCCAUCCUUCCUGCUGUUGUGUCUUCAUGGACAGCUACCCUCUCUCAGGAAGGAAAACGCAUGACAUGUAAUAUUGAAAGUCAUCUAAUUCCUGCUGAACACCUUGAUAAAUGGGGCUGAAAGUGCAAAUUAAUCAUUUGACCUCUUCUUCAUGCUCUUAAAUAAGCUAUAUCCUUAUUUAUUUUUGAUGUAGUCUGACAUUUCACCAAGUGUAUUGUGUUCAGAUUCUUUGGUAUAUUUUAAGUUGACGGGGGCUGUACAGUGGUCAGUAUUCCACACUCAAAAGUCUUUGGCACUUUCUACAGAGCAGAACAGACAGGUAUUUUUUUUCUAUCGUAUGGUGUCAACCUUAACCUUGUAUUUCUUUUUUCCUAACCCAAGACAAUUUCAAGAAUGAUGAUAUAGUACUAGAAUAAAGAGAUGGAUAACCAAGAAAUGUUUUGCUUCUUUUGUUUUAGUCUAAAAUAUGGGUAGUAGCAGACUGUACGGUGGUAUAUACUGUGAGACGAAGUUUUGCCAUCCCGUUAAAUUCAAGGUCAACAUCUCUGGGUGUAUGAAGCUAUUGUGGGCAGUGCUGGAGUUCAAUGAGCAGGACUGCUUUAUGGUAACAUUGGAUUUUUUUUAAAUUAUGGUUUUUAGCAUCAUUGUGAUGAAGUACCUUCUUCUGCCGGGUAUUGCACAUCACUUUCACUGGAUUAGCCAAAAACAUUAAUUUUCUAACUAUUUUAGCCAUCAAGAAUUUCUAAAUUUGAUUUUACAGAAAAUCUCACAAAAUAUGUUGAAAUUGUGAUUAACAAUUAUAUCUACUGUCUCUGAUUUUAUUGCCCAAACCUAAGUAGGCCAAUAAAUCAUCUGGACUGAU